GAAGACGGUGCCGGAUGGCGGCGGGGGCGGCCUGCUGCUGUAGGUGAGCGGUGCGGCUGCCCGCCUUCCCGCGCCCGCUGGUCGCCUCAUGCUGCGGGCCACGGCCGCCAGCCCCCGCUCGGAUCGGCGGCGCUGAGGCGCGGGGCAGCGUGCAUCAUGUCGUCGGCCCUCCGCGCCGCCGACUUCCCCCGCUGGAAGCGCCACAUCUCCGAGGAGCUGAGGCGCCGGGACCGGCUGCAGAGGCAGGCAUUCGAAGAGAUCAUCCUGCAGUAUAACAAGUUGCUGGAAAAGUCGGAUCUUCAUUCAGUGCUGGCCCAGAAGCUACAGGCGGAGAAGCCGGACAUACCCAACAGGCAUGAGAUAAGUCCCGGACAUGAUGGCACGUGGAACGAUGGCCAGCUGCAGGAGAUGGCCCAGCUGAGGAUGAAGCACCAGGAGGAGCUGACCGAACUGCACAAGAAGCGUGGGGAGUUAGCGCAGCUGGUGAUCGACCUGAACAACCAAAUGCAGCAGAAGGACAGGGAGAUGCAGGUGAAUGAAGCAAAAAUCGCAGAGUGCUUGCAGACGAUCUCGGACCUGGAGACGGAGUGCCAGGAGCUGCGCAGUAAGCUGCAGGACCUGGAGAGGGCCAACCAGACCCUGAAGGACGAGUACGACGCCCUGCAGAUCACGUUCACGGCCCUGGAGGAGAAGCUGAGGAAGACUUCGGAGGAGAACCAGGAGCUGGUCACCAGGUGGAUGGCCGAGAAAGCCCAGGAGGCCAACCGCCUCAAUGCGGAGAAUGAAAAGGAUUCGAGGAGGCGGCAAGCCCGGCUGCAGAAAGAGCUCGCAGAAGCAGCGAAGGAACCUCUGCCCGUGGAGCAGGACGACGACAUCGAGGUCAUCGUGGACGAAACCUCUGAGCACACCGAGGACACCUCCCCCAUGCGAGCCGUCAGCAGAACGGCCUCUAAGCGACUCUCGCAGCCUGCUGGAGGCCUUCUGGAUUCUAUCACUAAUAUCUUUGGUCUGUCCGAGUCUCCCCUUGGGGGGCACCACUCUUCCGACGCUGCCAGGAGGCGCUCCGUCUCUUCCCUCCCAGCCCCCCCGGACAGUGUGGAUACUCACCCCGGUUCUGCUAAAGAAGUGAGGGUCCCAACCACCGCGGUGUGUGUCUUUGACGCCCACGACGGGGAGGUGAACGCCGUGCAGUUCAGUCCCGGCUCCCGGCUGCUGGCCACGGGAGGCAUGGAUCGGAGGGUCAAGCUUUGGGAAGUGUGCGGAGACAAGUGUGAGUUCAAGGGCUCCCUCUCCGGCAGCAACGCGGGCAUCACAAGCAUUGAAUUCGAUAGCGCUGGAUCUUACCUCUUAGCAGCUUCAAAUGACUUUGCAAGCCGCAUCUGGACGGUGGACGACUACCGAUUGCGGCACACCCUCACGGGACACAGCGGCAAGGUGCUCUCGGCCAAGUUCCUGCUGGACAACGCGCGCAUCGUCUCCGGGAGUCACGACCGGACCCUCAAGCUCUGGGACCUGCGCAGCAAAGUCUGCAUAAAGACGGUGUUCGCGGGCUCCAGCUGCAACGACAUCGUCUGCACGGAGCAGUGUGUCAUGAGUGGGCAUUUCGACAAGAAGAUUCGUUUCUGGGACAUCCGAUCGGAGACCGUGGUCCGAGAGCUGGAGCUGCUGGGGAGGAUCACCGCCCUGGACCUGAACCCCGAGAGGACCGAGCUCCUGAGCUGCUCCCGCGACGACCUGCUGAAGAUCAUCGACCUCCGAGUAAAUGCCGUGAGGCAGACGUUCAGCGCGCCAGGGUUCAAGUGCGGCUCCGACUGGACGAGGGUCAUGUUCAGCCCUGAUGGCGGUUACGUGGCGGCCGGCUCGGCCGAGGGCUCCCUCUACAUUUGGGGCGUGCUGUCCGGGAAGGUGGAGAAGGUGCUCUCCAAGCACCAUGGCUCGUCCAUCAACGCAGUAGCCUGGUCCCCCUCCGGCACCCACGUCGUCAGCGUGGACAAGGGGAGCAAAGCCGUGCUGUGGUCGGAUUACUGACGGCCUCCGCGGGCCCGGCCCGGCCGGCGGUGCGCUGGGCGCAGCCCCGACCUCCAGAGGAGAGCCGGAGCGGGUGGCGCUGUGGCCUUCUCUCGGAGGGGACCCGUGGGGGCCGGGGCUGGCGUCUCUGGUGGCCCAGAGGGACGACGCUGCAAAGGCCCCGCCACGGCCUCAGGGCCUCACCGGGCAAAGGCUCAAGGCUCCAGUCUGCCUCCGUUCCCUGGGAAACACUACUCGCUCCCAUCGCCAUACCUCAGCGGGGCGCCGCCCCGGCCCCGUCGCCCUGUGCGGCAGUGCCAACGCCAACGCGGCCCGCGCUGCUCCGCGGCGUCCUCCUCCGUGCUCCCCCUCCUCCCAAGUCGGCUCCGGCCGAGGGCGCGUCCCGUCGCCUUGGGGUCCCCUUCCCACGAGCUCGCUUCAAUCAUGGGAUUACCAGAAACCGAACAGGGUCACCCCUGUCCUCAGGGAGCCCCGGGACUGCCCCAUCCCCCAGGAGACGAGGGCCUGCGGUCCUCCCGCUCGCGUCUGUCACGACGAAGCUCCCGUCCUGGUCUCCCCUGGUCGCGGCCGCGGUCUCCUCGGUCUCCUGAACUGCUCCUGAGAGCAGUGGUCCCUGCGGGCUCCCGUCUGCCAGUCUGGUCCUUGGUCAAGACAUAAGCCUCAGUUACGUUAAGAAGCCGUUUCUUUUUUAGAGGGAGUGCAGAGGCCCUUUUUCCGGAGAAGUGGGGUGCUGCGGGAGGCGGUGUCUUCCGGGACCCGCCUGUCCCUUCCCAGAAGGCGCACGCCGUGGUCUGCGAUUACAGCUGCCAGGGACCCGGGUGCGAGGGCCCGAGUGUAGCUCUGGAGCCGGGAACUUGGGGUCGCCACCCCUCUGCCGCGCCCAUGUGCGGAGGAGCCCCUGGGUGCUGGAGCGCAGGGAGCCCAUUCUCAGAUGCGGUGCAUGGGUGGCGCUCCCUGGGCGCAGGAGCUGUGAUUGAGGCCAGAGGACAACGGGCCUGUGGCUUUCUUUUCUUUUUCUUUCUUUUUUUUUCUUAAGCAUUUUUCUUUCCCACCUUACCUGUGUAGGAAAUUUUGGUUCCUUGAGUGAGAAACACCAACAUUUUUUUAUCACUUUCUAAUUUGCACUUUAUUUGUUUCCUCUCAUGCUUACUCUCUGGACAGCUGUGGGUGUGAGUGCCGGAGCCUGGCGAGGGGUGGGGGGCGCCUCUCCUCCCCCAGGGCGGGGCUGCCCCUCCCUCACGCCCCGCCCUGGUCUCCCCUUUUCUGUUAGCCGUUCAGGGAGCUCCAGUGGAAGGGAGUGGAAAUCACAGGCCAGGGCACGUCUUUUAUUUAUUUAAUUGUGUUGCCCAAAAGAACUUGAUUGUAAAUAAAUAAGAAAUCUGUUAUAUACUUUUCAAAC